AUGGCUCCCUUCCUCGGCUUCCCAGAUCCCAACCUGGGGAGGGAGCAGCAUGGCAACGUGGGGGUGCACGACGCCCCUCCAGGCCGGUGGCCAUGGCAGGCCAGCCUCAGAAGGCGCAGCAAGGAGCGUGAGCAGUGGGAGCACGUGUGCGGGGGCUCCCUUGUUCACCCCCAGUGGGUGCUCACCGCGGCCCACUGCAUUGGAUGGGAAAGCCCGCAGGCUUCUGCCUUCAGGGUGCAAGUUGGGCAGCUGAGGCUCUGUGACCCAGACCGGCUGAUGAAGGUGACUGAGAUCAUCCCACACCCUGAUUACAACCACCUCCUGUCUGCCAAAGGGGGUGCGGACAUCGCCCUGCUGAGACUGGAGGCCCCUGUGACCCUCUCCCCUCACGUCCAGAUCGUCUCCCUCCCACCUGCCUCACUGAGGGUCCCUGAAAAGAAGAUGUGCUGGGUGACCGGCUGGGGUGACUUCAGACUCGGAGGGCCGCUGCGCCCACCCCACCACCUGCAGGAGGCGGAGGUGCCCAUCGUGGGGAACGAGGUUUGUAACCGGCACUAUCAGAACUCCUCUGCAGACGCCACCCAUCAGAUCAUCAAGGACGACAUGCUGUGUGCGGGCAGCGAGGGCCGGGACUCCUGCCAGGUGGGACCCAGGCCCGCUCCAUCCUCCCGCCCCUCCUCGCCCACGAGGGGCCACUGCAGGGCGCUGAGGGCCACCUCUCCUGCAGGGUGACUCUGGGGGCCCCCUGGUGUGCAGCUGGAAUAACACCUGGGUCCAGGUGGGCAUUGUCAGCUGGGGAGACAUCUGUGGCCAUCGCGACCUCCCUGGGGUGUACACCCGGGUGACCAGCUACGUGUCCUGGAUCCGCCAGUACGUCCCGUUCCCUGGACCCUAGAUGGGGUGGGGGUGGGGUCUGCACGACGAGAAGACUGCCAACCCUUCUGGCCAACACCCUGCUUCUUUCCCAGGGCCAGCCUUGCCCUCCCAAUCCCCCUUCCCCUCGCCCUGGGAGGGAGAGACAGCGAGAAGCCCCGUGCGCUGCUGUCUCCCAGCAGUGUGGUGGCCCCUGGCCUGCUGCUCACCCUCUGUUUCCCAUUAA